AUUUAUAGCAGAGUUCAAGCGGAAAACUUCCUCGCGUGGUGCUGUUACAAAACCAAAUCAACAGUUUUUCAGUUCGUAUUCUCAGCCGCUCUCUUCGAGACCCAAGACCACCAGCCAACCUAGAUCUUUAGGAUUAUUUCAGAAGUUUUCAAUUAACAGACCACGAUGGAGUGUGUACAAUUGGCAGAUCGGCCUCUGUGCUGUCAAUUCCUGUCAAUGGCAAGAAGCAUGAAGAUCCAUGCCCACAGUGUAAUAGACGAUGGUACCUUGUUAAGGGAAGAAAAUGGAGCUAUAACAGCUACAGGCAAAGAGAAUGACCAAUACACUGUCUUUAAGAUAUACAAAUACACUGUUGAUGACAAGCUGGCUUACAAAAUCCAAAGCAUUGAAGAUAAGGUGUUUCUAGCAAUAGACAAAGAAACUGAAAACUUGAUUACUACGAAAGACUCUGAAAAUGAAUCUACCCUAUUUUGGCCCAGAAAGAUUUAUGAUUUUACUGUAUUGCAAUCAGUUGUUGGAAUGAAAUGUUAUCUCUAUGUUGAUGCAAGUGGAGCCGUGAUUACCACAAAAAUACACRAUGAAGAGGAUUUACGAAAAGAUGUCAAUGUCUGGUUUAAAGUUCAUCGAGUUGCUGAAGGCUAAAGUUUAAAGUCAAUAGCCUCUCACAAUUUCAUCUUUUUAGUUGAUCAAAUUUCAUUAUUGUUUAUAACAAUACUUUUUAAUUAUUUUUACUGUCGUUAGACUCUAAAAGUGAACACUUGCGUUUAUUUUAUUUUUUGUGUAAAUAUCCUUGCAUUUUUUCUUUCUCUUUCAUCAUUUCAUCUCCUUGAAUAGCUUUUAUAGACUUUCAAUACAUGUUCGAGUAAAACGACAAUAGGCAGAUUAAGAUUCCCGUUUUUUCUUCCCGCAAACGGCAUACGCGACCACGUUUUCAUCGUUUCCCUACAUUUCACUUUACCUUUUGCAAACGAAAGAGGUGGUAUAAAGGAGUGUUUAUAUAAUGACGAAAGAAACCAAUGAGAACAAGGUGGGCAGGAAACGAAAAAAAAAACAAUCAAAAGACAAAAGAAUGGGCUGGUUGAAAGCAUGGUUGAUUAACUAGUUUAGAUUUGAUUUAUUUUUAAAUCUUGAUUAAAGAAAGUUUUGUUAUACAUUUAACGAUAAAAACUAGCGAUAACUGACGUUUCGAUGUCGUUAACAUAAUUUUCAAAGUGAAACAGAAAGUCAGUUCAAAUGAAUGAAUAAUUUUGUCUAAAGAACUGAACACUCUAAAUCAACCUUGAACUGACUUUAAAUUAUUCAAACUCUUUCUGUUUUACUUUGAAAAUGAUGUGAGCGACAUUGAAACAUCAGUUGUUAUCGCUAAGUUUACCUGAUGAGCCCAAAAUAAACAACAAUUAGUCAGUG